CUCUCCUGCAAGGAGGGGGGGUUCGUAUCCAGAGCUUUUUCAGCACAGAUUCAGGGCUUUGCUGCAUCCACCUCUUUGCUUUCGUCCCUCCCUCCCACUCGUCUCCCUACGCUCUGGCAUCCAGUUCUAGCAUGAAGUCAUCGGAGCGCUCUCUGGGCCUGACCCCCCCUAGGGCUUGUUCCGGGCUCCACACCAAAACCCGCGACCCCUUUAUAGGCUUUGUGGAGAGGCAGGGAGGGGCAUGGAGAACUGGGGGGGGGAGAAAGGAGAAGAGCAGAUGAAAAAUGGUAGAAGGAAAUUCUUAUAAUAAUUUGCUGCAAACUGGCAUGUGUGAUUGUGUUAUUAUUAUUAUCAUUAAAGUGUGACUCUCUUGUGCACACCUGAAUGCAAUGUUCUGGUACGGUUUCGCUUCUCUACUCAGUGUCUGUAUUUGCCUCUGUUCGAGCUGGUAUGUAGCUUUGCUGUUAUUGAAAGUUGGAAAUGAGUUCCUGGAAAAAUCAAGUUUCAAAAUGAAUUCUUCAGCUACGACGCCAAGUAUUUAAAUGACCCGUGUCUUCCCUGGAUCGGGCUGGAGAUUGAAUGAAAGAUGGGUCGGCGACAAAGCGUUCAAAAGGAGAUGGAUAGAUGGAUCUCUACAUUGUUGACAUUGAGGAAAUUUGGGAGAAUUUUUGGGCUGUUCUUGCUGUUUAUGUGGUGCAUGUAUACUAGGAAAAUAAUAAACUGUAUAUCAAUUCAGAAUGUUACUCUAACUGAGUAUGUGAUUGUCAUUUAGAUAAGUACUAGCCUCAUAGCCAUCAACCUCCAUUUUACAGUCCAUUUAGUCCCUAUGGAGAUGCUUUCGACAAAUAAUCCCACUGGAAACACAUGCAAGGCAGCCAUGUCGUGUCUGUUAAGUGUGCAUUACAAUUCAUCUGACAGCGCUCUUUGCGACCGAACUGGCAUUGUAAUCCCAUUUCCAGUUCGUGCCUCCUGCCCCACGCGCAUGCAUAAAUCAAUGUGUGUUUAACAUUCAAAUAAUGCCUUGAGUAUACGUGACGUGUCACACUGUAGGAGACAGUUGUUUUUAUUUCUGUUGCAGUGCAGCAUUCACUUUGAGUUGGCAUGAUUAUUCAUGUAUGCACGUCAGACCGAGGCCAAGGCUUUAGCGGCGCUUUGCGUGUGUGAAUGAAAGGGACAUUAACGAAGCGCUGAGGGCCGCUGUCACUGCUGCACGUCACAAGACGAGCAGAACCGGGUCAAAAAGGUGGAGUGGGGGAUCCAUGAUCGUGCAAGCCGAGCGUGUGUGUGAGUUUGAGUCGGUGGAUGGACAGCUUCUAAAUGGGAUUGUUGGCAAGGCAUGCAAACAUUUGACAUAGUUAAAACAUGCACCCAGGAGCGCACACGUAAAGUGAUCGACGUCCCGUUCCCCUGCUGGCUCGGCUGUGAUGUUAAUGUGGAGGCAGGGACUGAGAGGGUUGAGUGACAUUGAGUUGCGGAGUGUUUAUUAAACAAUGGCAAGCGUCUUGUGUGAAAGGUUAGCCACAGAUCUCACUGUUGUACAUCAUGUUUGUCUUGUUACUUGCUGCUCAAUGCAAUUUUCUCCAACACUGAGAUUCAAAAGCAAAAGUAGUACACUACACCAGGCUAGAGUAGAGUUUUCUGAAAUCUAUUAGCUGUUGAAAGAGCCCUGAGCUACCAAAUUGCAUCUUCACUCGAGGUUCAUUUACUCCAUCUAAAAAGUUUUACUCACAUUUUUCACCAGUCAAGUCUUAUUCAAUGUAAGGUCUUCAUAAGCUUCUGCUGCGGUGGUAUUAUAUUUGUUCUAAAAUCCCCGGCUUAAUUCCUAAAUCCCUCUGUUACAGUGAAUCUGGCGUUGUGUGCACAGUCUGGCAUGUAUGGCAAAUGGAGGAACAUUAGAAUUUGAAAGUCAAACAUUGUUUAGUUUGAGGCAAACAGAACUCUGUGAUUUACAUUUUCUGUCAGGAUUAGACCGGCAAACCCUGAGUACACACUCUGCUCCUGUCGCUCUGUUUGAGGUUGAGUUUGGGGGGGGGAAGAUGAGAGAUGAGUGAUGAGUGCAGCACACUGAAAGCUACAGUCUCUUGAGAGCCGGGCUAGAAGAAGUAAUGAGUGGAGUGGAUGAGGUUGGGGAAGCCAAGGGAUCACAAAUACUCUAUAGCAUGUUGCCCUUGACAUGGAUGUGUGUCUAUGUGUUUGCAUAUAUUGGCUCUGAACAUUUUCUUCCUAAAUCUAAGCAGCUAUAGUUUCAAGUCUCAAGGCUAAAAGAGAUUGCCAACCUUGCAAUGAUAUGAGCUUUUCAAUUAAAACUGAUAUACAUGAAGUUUGGCUUUUCCAAAGGAUUUUGACAAGGAAAUUAGUUUCUAUAUUGCAGAUGAUUCAAAUAAAAAACAGGAUAGACUGUGUGCCUUUAGGUGACAGGUGACACCCAUACUUGAAAUGGCUGUAAAAUGUGACUGACUUUAUAAUAGCUUUAUUCUGAUGAAUGUAAAUGGGUUUUCUUUCCAACUCUCCGCUUAAUUCAUCUUUACAAUCGGUUUUUGAUCUCUGUGAGAGCUCUUGCCUCCUCACCUUCCCAUUUUAAUUACCUUUUAACAUCAAGCUGACAAAUGUUCCUUUCACCUUACCAAAAGAAAAAAAAAAAAGUUGUCAGUCAACUGUUUGCAACAGAUUUUGGAGCCCCUGUCAUCAGCUUUCUCCCGUCAUCUUCUGAAAGUAGCAGAAUACUCCGCUCCGCGUCUGAUCUCUUCCUACUUUAAUUUCAUAACUCUGAUUAAACAAGAUAUAGAUGUCGACAACCGACAUGCCUGCACAGUUUCCACAGGCACUAAGAUAUUCAGGAACUUUUCUCAAUAUGCUGAGACAGUAAUUAAAAAGACUUCCUUCACAGUCUAAAAUAUGUAUUACUAAUCCGCCUCGCUCUGAGAUUAGAUUUGGAUGGAAACGGACACUUCCUCACCUUACAUCUGUUUUCAUGCAUUAAUAAACUGGGAUCCUCUGCACAAGGAAUCAGGUUUCAGCCACAGUGACAUGAAGUGAGACAUGCAGGCAGCUAGGUAAGCAGGAACACCUUCAGCGUCCUAUGUUGAACAUCACCUUGGUUAAACAAAAUGAUGAAUCAUCAUGUUUGCUUAUGGCCAAACAUAAUAUAAAAUGCUGCAGCAUAGUGCAAAGAGCUUCUUCCACGAGACAAUUUCAUACUUGAAUGAAGUACAAUUAACUUGUGUUGUGUUGCAGCUCAAAAAGUAUGUUUGUAAGGCAAAGGUUGUAGGUGCUUUGGAUUAAAUGCUGUUAGAAAACCUCCCCCUGCUUCCACACACACACACACACACACACACACACCACACACUCCCCUAGGGUUUUACUUUUCUCUGCAAAGGGCCAAAUCCAGAUUACAGAGCUUUUCUAAGUGGAGGAGAUCAGAGUAGCUUUAGGAAAGAUGGGGGAAGGUGCAGUAAGACAGUAAGAUGCAUAUGGUUAGAAAUCAUGUAAUGGCCAAAUAAAACUAUUUGGAUUCUGCACAUGGCCUUCAUUUAACACUUUGUACUCUACAUGACAGAUGGUAAUAUUGAGGAUGGUAAUAUUGCUUGAAAUGACAAUCAUUGUGAGGGCAAAUAAGACAAACAUUUUAGGUAGAUUUGGUUAUGCAUUCUGCAGUCUGAAUGUCCUUCAGUUAACAUACAAACAGCAGGUCUGUGGUGAUCUCAUAUUUAGCAGAGUGGGGCAGUGACUGUGUGCGCCACAAAGGCAUCAAGGACAUUUCAGAGUUGGGCAGCAGUUGCGUGGUGGCUCUACUGCAAGCAUGGGGCCUGGAGGAUUAGUGUCCAAUCAGAGUGGAUUUGAUGUUUACUGACAGCACAUGGGACUUAGCUGAGAGAACUGUAUUUCAUUUGUAUUCAAUGAAGCCGGCACCCUGUCUGGCCUCCCCUCCCCGCGCUGAGAAUCUAGAUACUGAAACCUGUUGACGACAGUGCAUCAUCAACAGCUUCAGGUAGGUGACUCUUCAAGACGGGGUAAGGGUUUUGAGGGUGGACUCUUAAUCAUUGCCAUCAUCAUCAUAUCAUCAUCAUCACCAGAUACGCUUUUAUCUGGUUCACAUGACGUCACAGUGGGAAGUGGAAUUAAACGGGAUUUAUUCAGUUGUAAUCCCUCAUAGCAAAACGUCCCGGAGAAGUGAGAGAUAAACCCUACUGGAUUAGUACAAGCCCCUGCCCAUCCCAACCUAUAACCCAACCUAUCCACUCCUUUCAUUUUUUUGUCUUUUUUUAAUCAGCGUUUGGUGGCCAUCUCAAGCAUGCAGCCUGCUACCAUGUCUUUCAUGGAGUAGCUGUGCUACCUUUGCAUUGUGCUGUGUCUGUGUGGUUUUGUGUAAUGUGUUUGUGUGUGGUGUCCUCUUUCCUCACGCGCAACAAGGCAGCAUGACCAGUGAUUAAUUAUUCAAGGACGGACAGCCAAAGGGGGAGUCACCUGAUAGCGCGGACUUACAAUAUUACAACCCGAUAUCAGGUGAAACGGUAGACACAGCUUCAUUUUUUGGUGCUACUGUACAAGAAGACUUGAAAGACAACUCUCACAAACAGGUAGAAGCGGAACAUUUUCUUCUGUUUUGUGCCUUUUUACUUUUCCUCCGUAAUCUUUUUCUCUACAUUUUCCUUUUUUGCCAAUGCUUGUCCCUAACAAACAGUUGAGUCUUGGUCGCUCCCACAGUUGGGACACAUUAGGGGGGAAUGAGGGUCAGUGGGACAGGACUGAGAGUGUCUACGAGCAGCAGGCAAGAGUAGCCGGCCGGCGGAACUCUCUGUCAUACGGAGAGGGAGGAGGGUGGUACGAACCUCCACCAGGAGUGCAUCCCCCUGACCUGGAUUUGAAACGCAACCCGUAUUCCUGCCAAGACUCUCUGUACGGACAGGUUUACGCAGAGCGACAGGACCCACGGGGGCUGAGGAAGGGCUCUGUUCCUGAUCUAAACAAUUACGAACGAGCGCCCAUGGCUCAUCGAGGAUCCAUUUCGCAUCAGGAUUACUAUUCCCAUGACCCGGCCAUGACUCCUCGGCCACCCGAGGGCUUUUACCAGCCUCCGCCACCUCACCCGCACCCACUCAGUAGGUCUGGCUCUCAUUUUGGGAUGGCACCUGGGGCUCGUGCUGUGUGGGAUCAAGGUCAGGGAGGAAGAGCAGGACCGCAAGCCCCUACAUCACCUCUCCCUCCUCCCCCUCCCCCUCCAACCGCACAUGAGAUGACUAGGAGUUAUACUGCUGGAACUGCUGCCAAAAUGACGUCGGAUGGCCAACAGCGCAUACCCUCUCGGGAGCCAUCUCCUACACACUAUGGUAUGGAGCAUGCAUCUCCUCGGUAUGCCAGUGAGCCUCCACCUAUGACCGGUCAAACGGUCUAUACUGAUAUUAAUGGUCGUCCGUUGGAUCCCCAGCAGCAGGGUGCCACCUGUCUAGUAGUAGAUCCUUCCAGUCAAGGUAUGAUUAUGAGGCAAGAGACCGCCUCACCCUUCUCCAUCCAACAGCAGCAACAACAACAAAUACAACAGCAACAACUUCAACAGCAACAGAUACAACAGCAGCAGUUACAGCAACUUCAGCAACAACAAAUACAGCAGCAACAACUUCAACAGCAACAAUUACAACAGCAACAGCUUCAACAACAGCAGUUACAGCAACAGCAACUUCAGCAAGAACAGUUGCAGCAGCAUCUGCAACAGCCCCUGCCACCUCCACCUACAAUGCCUUCCUCCGACCCUAACCUUUCUAUGAUGGCUCCACCUGCCACAGUGCAGACCGCAGCAGUUGCUCCAAUUGCACCUGCCCUUGCGCAGGUGGCCCAAACUUCAGUCCCUCCUCCACCAGUCACUCCACUUCCUGCUCCUUUUCCUCCACUUCCCCCCAUUGCCCCACAGACGCUUUUGCCUUUGGACCCCAAGAAGACAGUUGACCCUGAGUUCCUUGCCCUGCUGCGAAAUGAGGGCCUCUCCGAGAGCACCAUCUCCUCACUUAUCCACCAGGGAUUUGACUCCACUAGCAUGCUGGCUGUUAUGGAGGAGAAUGAUGUCCGCACCGUCGCCCCCAACCUCGGCCAGGCUCGUGUACUGUCUCGCUUGGUCCACAACUUUAAGCGGUCCACUGAGGCUCCGCCAGCCCCCUCCCAACCUCAGACACCCAUGAGAGGCCGCUCCAAUAGCUUUAGCCAUCGCUCAGACAUCUACCACCACCAGCAGCAGCAUCAUCCAACGCACCCCUCACAGGCUUUAACCUUGGAUGCCCAAAUGAUGCACCCACAGACCCCUGGGGGCAUGCAGACCAUCUCCCCAAGGAUGGGAGAUGUAAUGGGUAGGAGGCCCAAUAGUGCCCCAUCUCAGCACCUCAUGGAAGCCUCUGGAGGCUACCCAGGUCAACCACCUCGCUCCCCGGGGUCAUACACUGGAGCACUUAUGCCUGUUCAAUCAAGACCCAUGUCAGCCUAUGCUUCUGGGGGGGUGCCCAUGCAUGGUAUGCAGAUGAUGCCACAGCAAAUGACUGGGUCAAUGCCUUCCAUACAAGGGUCUAUGCACUCCAUUUCAGGUAUGCCACAGCAGAUGCCUGUGUCCUUGCCAGCUUUAACACAGCCACCACAACAGGUCCCUAAAGCGUACUCUACCAAUUACACAGUGCCUAUGGAGCUGAUGAAGAGGGACAGGAACGUACUGCCAUUGUCACCCAUGCACAGCCCUCACCCCAGUCCUCAGAUGAUGCGUAAGGGUGGGGGAAAUGCACAGGACAAUGCUCUCGUCAUUAUGGGACCCCCAGGCCAAAGUACCCUGGCUGUUAACCAGAAACUAAGUCGACGCACGGGUCCACCAGUCAUCGUGUCCACUAUGGCGUCACCAGAUACAAGUAAAUCCUUUUUUUCUCCUUUCAUCCUCAUCAUGUUUUCUUUUCCGAUUAAUUGUUAAAUUUCGUCGCACUUUCUUAUCGCUGUUUCACAUAUUUUAAAUAGAUAAGAAAAUUGAUUUGUGCUUGAGCUCUUCAUUUUUGCCAUGCUUUAUAUAAGACUCCUUUCUCAAAUCCUCUCAUUGCUUUGAAUAGCUCCACGAAGCGCUGCUGCUGCAUUGUUAAGAAUCAUAUCAUGCCUUCACAAUUUGGUUAACAUUUCUAAGGGCCAUUCAGUAUAUAAGGGUAUGCAUCCCAAUGCACAUUCAGCAACAACUUGAGCAUUGGGUUGCAGUCUUUGCUUUUAGAGAAUAAGAGGGCACCAGAAAUGUAUUGUCACCCUUCAUUGUGAUGAAUCGUUGGUGUGCAUACCAUCUCUGUCAAAUUAGUGGGGUUUUUUGUGGGUUUUUUGGUAUACUGGUUUGUGAAACCAUCAUUCAGCUGAGGGGCUUGUGAUCUAUUUAGCUGAAUGUGUAUGCUGGUGUAAUGCAUGAUGUGUGACCUUAAGAAAGCCCCAACACAAUGAGAAUAUUAAGUGAGCCCUUUUUGUAAAUCAUUUUAUCUUUUCGGUCAGUGCUGUCAUUUGUUUGCUGUCCUGUGUUUGUUCUCAUUACAUCAACAAUAGAUAAAUGGUGUGGCUUUCUUUCUCAUCUAGUCCAGUGGAGUGAAAUCUAAAUUGCUUGCUGACUAUCCCUUUUCUAAAGCUGUUGUCAGGAUUAUGAUUAAUACCGUAAAAGAAUAACUUUUACUGAGACAUUCUGGCAAUCCAUUCCCUGUCCUAAUUUUGGUUUCUACAUUUGCCACGAUCCUAAAACGAUACUUACAUCCGGCUGUCUUGUCUGCUUAUCUCUGUGAGAGCCAGAUUUGUCAGACUUCCAUAUACUUUGUGUCAAGUCCUUUAUUAUUUCAGUAAUCUCAUGUGGUUCUUUUGUCAGAAUGGCAUAUCGCCCCAUCAAAUACAACACAAAACAGCCUUGAUGAGGCGCAGUAUGGAGGGUUUGGGAGGAACAGCUGUCAGCACCCUUUCUGAUACCUUUUUAAAUUUUAACAACUGCACACUGACUUCACGUUACAGUCUGUCAAUCGCUGCAUUCAUGUGUGAACAGUUCACAUUAAGACUUCUAUCAUCAGAAAAGUCAGAUAUAGUGUGCAGUAGGGUUGACUGUGUCCUGGCGUUUGUGUGUGUGUGUGUGCGUGUGUGAACAAUGUGUGUGUCUGAAUUUGGCACAGUCUCCUUGCAAAGAUAUUUUCUCUUGGUGAACAAUUGGAGCAAAAUCAAAAGCUCAGGCCACUUUUUAAAUCAUUUAAUCUGCCUCAACUAUACAGUAUUCAUAGUGUUGCAGGAUUAGUUGUAUGUAGCUCUUUAGCUGUGGUACCUUUGUAACUGCAGCUGUUUUUGAUGAAGACCUGUCUGCUCUUCACAGCCCCCUAGCUCUUGUUGUUGUACGCAUGGUUGUUUUAUUGCAUUAUGAUAAUAAGGUGGGUGCAUCAGAGUAGCCUGGAAAGUCUAUACAGCCAAUCAGGAUUCACAGCCGUCCAUCAGUCCUGCUGCUGUCACUGUGGACUACUGACCUGACUGUUGAGUUAAAGGCAAACUUUUCAUUAUGUAGUUGUUUUUUCCAGCUGUUUUUUUUUUGUCCCAAAUUCAUGUUUUGAAUCCAGUCUGAAAUUAAAUUAAUUCAGUCAUUGAAUGAAUCCUUAUUGUAUAAUCACCUGAAUCAUUUACCCAUAUCAGAUUAAAGCUUUAAUUCCGCAUAACAAAAUUAUCUUCUUUUCACUCCCAAGGCCUGAUAAAAGUAUAUUUCAGACAUUUUGGGCAAUAAGGACUGAUUUCUCCAUCAACACCUGCUCACCAGAGGCUGACUAGCCGCAUCACUGGACAGAUAAAAUCGAAUUACAGUGCCGAUGGCCGAUGUGUGAUUGUGUGUAAUUUUCUCUGUGCAGGUUGUAAUGAGAAGAGAGGAGGGGGGUUUAAUCCUUCAGAUCCUCCAUUUCCACUGCUGCACUAAUCCACAGAUAUUCUCAUUUUGUUCAGACCAGCUUCCUGUCUUUCUGCUGGACUCUGUGAACUACCUCACAUUGCCAGUAGGUUGAAAUGGAAUAAAAUAGGGGUCCGAGGCAGACUGGGAACACACGAUUGCUCUCUCUUGCCUCUAUGAUAUUUUGGCCCUAAGAAGAGCAGAUAUUAAAAGACUCCCUAUGGCUUGACUGUGCAAACAGACUGCCGCUCCGAGCUCAGGAGGACACAUGCUUUUGAAAGGAUGUCUUCAAGUCUGCCACAUACACAUGCAUCGCAAUGUUGGUACACACACACACAGUCAGCAGAGUAGACCUCAUUUGCAUGUGGCUGACAUUUGUUGCUUUAGUAAUUUCAUCUGUUAAUGGACACAGCCGCAAAGCUGCUCUGAAAGCAUAUCCCUAAAUUGUAUGUUGCUAGGCAACGUGUUUUUUUUUUUUUUUGUGGUAAUCGUAGGCAGAUUUGCCUCUCUAGUGAAAAGGUCGGUCCAUUGUCAGAAGACACCGCAAAUGUACAUGUUACUUCCUUUUUAACAAAAUGUCUGGUUAAGCUAAUGCAUCAGGAAAAAAGUAUUAAUUAAUCAUAUCCAUCCUUUGUGUGGGUGAUAAAUGCAAAAUAAAAGCAUUUUCUUGCAUAUUUUUAAAGGAAUUAUACAUUUUAGACCCGACAAAAUACUAUUUAGCCUUUCGGUUUAAAUAAAUUAUUGAAAUUUAUAACAUUAUAUUGCAGCAAUAACACAUUUUGCAUUCCUUAAAAUCCAAUUUGUUAUGAGCGCCUGAUAUUGUGAAAGCGUCAGACAAUUAAUUAGUUACGGCAGUGAGUUUGCACCCACAACCAAAAAGAAUGUCUCUCUGAACUAACAGCCCUUGUGUAAAUACAGAUGGCAUGCCCCCGCCCUCCUCGGUAUAUGAUGCUUUGUGGAAUACCCUUGAGCAAGACCCCGCCUUUAUAUGACUAACUAGGCCUCCCCAUCCCCCACCCCGGCAUAAUCACCAUAUAUGAUACUGUGGGACUUCCACUCUUUCACCUCCACCCUGCGGAGUGUGUUGGCUUCCUUCCGUGGACUCUGGCUAGGCGACCGGAUGCCGGCUCAGGUCAGUUCUGAUCCGCAUGACACAGUAGCCGCUAUUCUUACUCCUUACUCAGGCCUAGCGUGAUGAUGGGCGUGGGGGGGGGGAAGGGUUGUGGCGUAUUAGUUUUGGAGAUGGCAGAUUAUGUAUUAACUGGGUCCAGCUCAGAGCUUCCGGCAGUUGUUACAGAGAGAGAGAGAGAGAGAGAGAGAGAGAGAGAGAGAGAGAGAGAGACCAGCUGCUGAUAGAUGAUGAUGAUUGCUUGCAUGGUGGGGGAGGGGAAACAGGGCGUUGACAGCUGUCAGUCAACCUUGGACUCUCAAUGGAGAUGAGGCUAGAUGUCAGUGUUGCUUUUAGACUUUGAGGGUCAAACUUUGGCCUUAAUCUGGGCUGACAGUCAAAGGUUGCUUUCGUUACGCUGCUGGUCACUCUGGCAUAGUUUCACCAGUGCUGCAACCUUUAGUAAUGCUUUAGUAAUGCAGCCAGUGGAUUAAAUUGGGGUGUUUUGCGGGCAACAAUGGAUUGACAAAGACAUUAUCGUAAUUGUGCCUUUUGAAAAUGUAAAGCCUCUUCUGUUUAAAUCUGUAGAAAGUCAAAUUAAAAAGGUAAGUCAAAGUACUGUUGACUUGGUGUGGAUACAAUAAUAAGUGCCUGGCAGUUGGAGUACUUCCAAGGCUUGGAUGUGUAAAAUCUUUUGGUUGAAUCUUUUCUACAAAAGAUGAGCAAACGUGUAAGAAUAUAUCUGGUUUAAUAAAAAAAACAAAGUUACAAGCUUGGGUCCAUAGAAAGGUAGAGGAGAGAACUCAUUUUGGAAACAUAAUCAAGUAAUUAUCUCAUUCUGGGUCAGAUUUGUAUGAAUUGAUUGACUACGGUGCAGUAUUUUGUUCCCAAUUGCAAUAGCAGCAGAGGCUUAUGGGUGCCGUAGUAUUUGGAGCCAAACCAAAUUUGCAAAGUUUAGAUAAUUAAAGCUGAUGGCCAUGUCUUUUAAUCAUCAAGGAUACUGCUGUGUUUCUAUGUUGAGGGACAUUGGGGACAUCCUAUCCUCCCACAUCACAAACUCUAAACAGCCCGUGUGUGUUCUUUGUAUUUGUGUCUGUGUGCAAGCUGCUGUUGGCAGGUGUGGCGUCUGUUGUGGCACAAUGCAGAGUUCCUCUCACCUCCAGAUGUUUCACUUAAUAUCAAGCAGUGAUUUUCUUUCCCCUCAAGACUGAACAACGUCUGUGGUCACAUUCACAGCAUUUGCUUUAUACAAAUCCUAAGUACUCAUUUUCUUUGUAUAAAUUGAUCCCAGUUUCUCUUUGUCUCCUCUCCCUUUGUAAAUUAAUCUUUGUAGGAAAGGAUUUUUCUCUGACUCUCUCCUAACUCAAGAGAGUAGAGAUGUGGGGGGGGGGGGUUGAGGUAAUGGGAGAAAUAUGUCUCUAAACAAACGUCAUACCCAGCUCAGCACAUUCAUCCAUUGCUGUGGUUGUGGGUUACAGAGCUCGUCUGCAGGAAAAUUAGGGAAACGAGGGAAGUGGGAGGAUGGGUGGUGAUUGAACCCAACCAAAAACAGCAGAA